AUGACGCUUCAUAAGUGGUGCAGUUCUAACAUACCUUAUAGCUCGGAAGUUUUCUCAUUCGGCAAGAAGUCUGAAGCAACAGUGAAAACUCUAGGAGUCUUAUGGAACAAUUCUAGUGAUGACUUUUGUUUCAAGGUUGCUAUAGCAGCUAGUACAAAGCCUACAAAGCGUGAUGUUCUUUCACAAAUAGCUCGUCUUUUCGACCCACUUGGAUUAUUGGGACCCCUUAUAAGAAAAGCCAAGUUUUUUGUUUUGCAAAAGCUUUGGCUCCUUCAGCUAGACUGGCAGGAUCCUUUGCCAACUCUUACUCUGCAAGAAUGGCUCUCGUUUAUUAAACAGCUCUCUAUUAUCAAAUUUUUGAAAAUACCAAGGUUCGUACUAACUCCAAAUUAUAAAAUAAUUGCUCUCACUGGAAUUUGUGACGCAUCUGAAAAGGGAUUUGGUGCAGUCAUAUACACACAAGUUUACUCAAAAACCGGUGAGAGUUCCAGCCGACUUCUUUGUAGCAAAUCGAGAGUUGCUCCUAUCAAAACACUAACCAUUCCUAGGUUAGAAUUAUCCGCCUGUCUGCUCUUAGAGAAAUUUAUGCGCAAAGUAAUCCAGUCUCUCAAGAUGCAAAUAGCUGAAAUAAAUCUCUGGUCGGAUUCUACGAUUGCUCUAAACUGGAUCAAGACAUCACCGCACUCGCUCAAAACUUUUGUUGCAAAUAAAGUAAGUAAAAUUCAAGAGCUGUCUGCAAAUUGCAAGUGGAAAUUCAUUCGAUCUGAAAUUAAUUCCUCUGAUGUUUUGUCACGUUUUUUAGAUGCAUCAUCUUUACUUGACUGUCAACUGUGGUUUAAUGGUCCUGAUGUUUCAUCAAUGCUCAAAAAUUUUGACAUCAGUUUCGAUGAAAAUUUCAAAAAACCAUUCAAACAAGAGUUUAAGGUUGACAUUUCUCCUAGUUUAAUUUCAACAUUUACUUUUUGGUUUGUAAAUCAUUGUAGAAAUGUAAGCAAGUUAAAUGGGGCUCUGUCUACUAAAGAAUUUAAAGAUGCUAAGUAUGCUUUAAUCAACUAUUUUCAAGGUAAGAAUUUUCCUGCUGAAGUUAAAGCUUUAAAGAAAUCACUUCCAGUGCAGCUCAAGGGUCCGUUAAGGUUUCUUAACCCUUUUCUAGACCAAAAUGGUUUAUUAAGAGUUGGAGGACGAUUGUCCAGUUCUGAUCUUGCCUAUGAUCAGAAACACCAUCUCAUUUUGCCUAAAAAUGAAAUUUAA